UUCUUUGCCUAAUGGUGCAUCUCCUGGAUCUCCAUGAUGUGGACAGUCUUCAGCCUGAUUCUUGUCAGCUCCCUUUUUGUCCUCAAAAGUGAAGCACUGCAGUGUUACACCUGCGUAGGUUCCAAUGAUGAUGACUGCAACAGACAAGGAAGUCAGCAGUGCCCAGGCCAUGCAGAUGCGUGUGCAGUCAUUAGAGGACAAGCAAGUGGCAUCAUGAAGUCCUGCUCGUUCAGGUCCUUCUGCGAGCGGGCGAGGAGGGACGGAGCCAGGGCGCCCGGCGUGAGCGUCCACUGCUGCUACUCCAACAACUGCAACGCCAAGAGCCUGGCUCCCAGGGUCACCAGCUCCAGCAGCUACUUCUCCCUCCUCAUCUUCACACUGCUCUGGCAUCCCUUGUUGAAGCUGACAUGAGGGGGAAAAAGAUAAAAGAAAAAAAAAAAAAAAAAAAAGAGUAUCCAGAAGCGACAACUCUGCCUUCUUAGCAAGGGAUGAUAACAUUUCCUAAUCAUGCUCUAUGUACCAUAUAUCUCACUAGGCAAAAAGCUGUAGGAAGGCCUGACAGAUGUUUAGAUAAAAGUUGUUUCAUCUGCUAAAUAGGUCUUGAUCUCUGUGUAAGACACGCUGCCCUGUUGUUUAUCCUGAGGGGUUGAUUGUGAGAAUACGUAACAUUUUCCUGCAAUUUAGAUAAGGAGAAAUCUUUGCUGAAGGUAGCCUGGUACUAAGGUAAAGGGCAAAUGUCUGCCAAAUGCUGUUUGCUGUUGGCAGACAUUCAGAAGAAAUCUAAAAUUUUCAAGCACAAAGUGACUGAAAAUUCUAGUAGACAAGUUAACCUGUCAGAGAGCAUUGGUGUACUGGACAAAGCCAGGAAACUUGAAAUGCAGAUGAUUUAGUGUUAAUACAAACUGGUAGGAGAAGGUCAUGAAGAGAAUAAUGCAUGGAGGUGUGUUCUGUUGUAUAUGAUACCUUCCUGGCAGGGAGGCUGGAACUGGACUGUCUUUAAGGACCCUUCCAACCCAAACCAUUCAAUGGUUCUAUGCUUGUGUGUAUUUCCUUGGAAAAAAUCUUCUCUUUUCUGAUCCUUUGAGAAUCUUACCACAGCAUCAGAAGAAGAAGAAAAAAGAAGAGUUUGGAAGUUGUUUUUGAACUGGUACUCCAUCCAAA